AUGCAGGAACCUAAGGAGGCAGGUAGAGAUACUGAUCGCAAAGGGAGAGUUUGCAAGCUAUGUUCAUGCCGGCCUGAACAAACGACGGAGUCAGAGGAGUUGCUCAGGACGAGGUUACACCAGGCCCAUCUGAAAAGAAGAAUUAGCAGUGUGCAUGCUUUGCACCAGCAGAACGCAUCCACAUCGAUAAAGUUUGAUAAAACGGACCUGCUACGCGUUCAAAUUCCUCAUGAAGAUCCACUAGUCGUCAGUCUAACGAUUGCAGAAUGCCUGGUUCGGAGAGUCCUGAUUGAUCCAGGAAGCAGUGCGAAUGUCAUGCCCAGGGUGACGUUCGACCGACUGGAGAUCGAACCCAAAAAACUCAAACCCACAGGGAAUCCGUUGCUCGGAUUUGAUGGGAAGCGAGUGGAACCUAUUGGAAUAGUGGAAUUGACAGUACAAGCCGCUGAGCGGGUUUUGACUGAAAGUUUCAUGGUAGUGGAAAUUUAUCCAUCAUACAACCUCUUGAUGGGCAGAGGAUGGAUUCACAUAAUUCAGGGCAUUCCGUCAACCUUACAUCAAGUGAUGCGAUGUUUGGGUCCGGAUGGGACCAAGGUGAUAGAUAUACACGGGGACCAGGUUGCGGCUAAAGAAUGUUAUUCAGUAACUUUGAAAUCUGCUGAAAAAGGGAAAAUCCCAUCCGUUCCGCCAUUCCAAAAUAGCAAUUACAGAACCCUUCUCCCAGCAAGGAUGGGAGGGAGGAGCCACCAGUUCUGA